UUUGCUACACUGAAACAUGUAUAACGAGCAAGCUCAGUCAAAUGGAUGUGCAACCACCAUCUAGCCACCAACUAAAUCAAGUUCUCCCAAACACUUCAAUUAACACCGCCAUGGGUAAAGCGCCGGCUGACAACUCCGCCUCUGUGGAGUUACAGCCGCUAGAUGCUGAGGCGGCCGCGGGCAGAGCGGAGAGGUCUAGGUGGCUGCUGGCCUCCGCCGACCCCCCGCCACCGUGGCAACAACUCUUCAGCUCCAUAAAAGAUUCUGUUCUACCUCACCCCAACACAAAGCAGCAUAGGCCAAACCGACUGCUUCUCUUCUUGCAAUCACUCUUUCCGGUCCUCAAAUGGGGAAAGAACUAUAAAGCUUCAAUGUUCAAGAGUGAUUUCUUGGCUGGCUUGACUCUUGCUAGUCUCUGCAUUCCUCAGAGUAUUGGAUAUGCUAAUCUGGCCAAAAUGGAUCCACAGUAUGGUCUGUACACAAGUGUGGUUCCACCAUUGAUAUAUGCUGUAAUGGGAAGUUCUAGGGAGAUCGCUAUUGGUCCUGUGGCGGUGGUCUCAUUGCUGCUCUCUGCGAUGAUCUCCAAAGUGGUGGACCCUUCCGCCGAUCCCACGGCAUAUCGUCGGACCGUUUUCACCGUCACCUUCUUCACCGGCGCCUUCCAGGCACUCUUUGGAAUAUUCCGGCUGGGAUUUCUGGUGGAUUUUUUGUCACAUGCAGCGAUUGUAGGAUUCAUGGGAGGUGCAGCUAUUGUGAUCGGCCUCCAACAGUUGAAGGGAUUGCUCGGAAUCUCCCAUUUUACCUCCAAAACUGAUGUCGUCUCUGUGCUUAGUGCUGUUGUCAAAGCACUUGGUCAACAAUGGUAUCCAUUGAAUUCUGUCCUGGGCUGUUCCUUCUUGAUCUUCAUCCUAAUCACCCGGUUCAUAGGGCAAAGAAACAAGAAACUGUUUUGGGUAGCCGCAACGGCGCCGCUGUUCUCAGUGAUAGUAUCCACCUUAAUAGUCUACUUAUCGAAUGCGGAAAAGCACGGCAUCAAGAUCGUCAAGCACUUGAAAGGCGGCCUCAAUCCGAGCUCGCUUCACCAGCUUGACUUUGGAGGCCAGCAUGUCGGAGAAGCAGCCAAAAUCGGAUUAAUAUGCGCCUUAAUAGCACUCACUGAAGCCAUUGCUGUGGGGAGAUCGUUCGCUUCCAUGAAAGGUUACCACCUGGAUGGGAACAAGGAAAUGGUUGCCAUGGGAGUGAUGAACCUGGUUGGAUCUGUAACAUCAUGCUACACAGCGACCGGCUCGUUUUCAAGAACAGCGGUGAAUUACAGCGCAGGGUGUGAGACAGUGAUAUCUAACAUAGUUAUGUCAGUGACUGUGUUGAUAUGCCUGCUUCUCUUCACCAAGCUCUUGUAUUACACUCCGCUGGCUAUUCUUGCUUCGAUCAUUCUGUCCGCUCUGCCUGGACUUAUCGAUCUCAACGAAGGCUAUAACAUUUGGAAGGUCGAUAAGCUGGAUUUCGUGGUCUGCAUUGCUGCAUUCUUCGGUGUUCUCUUUGGUUCUGUCGAAAUCGGCCUACUAGUCGCGGUGGUAAUGUCAUUUGGGAAAGUAAUAGUGAUAUCUAUCAAACCUAGUACAGAAGAGUUGGGUAGAGUUCCAGGGACAGACAUUUUCUGCAACAUAAUGCAAUAUCCCAUUGCCAACAAACUCUCCGGUCUUUUAAUCACUAGGAUUACUUCUGCAACGUUUUGCUUCGCCAAUGCCAGUUUCAUCCGAGAAAGGAUUCUGAAGUCAGUAGACGAUGAAAAUAACAUCGAAGAAGUCGCCAAAGGACGGCUUUAUGUACUGAUCCUCGAUAUGACUAAUGUGAUGAAUAUCGACACUUCGGGUAUUCAUGCACUAGAAGAAGUGCACAAGAAACUGAAUGCAAGAGGACUACAAUUAGCAGUGGUGAAUCCGAAGUGGCAAGUGAUUACGAAGAUGAAGGCAGCAAAAUUGAUAGAUAAAAUUGGUGCAGAAUGGGUUUUCAUGUCUAUAGGGGACGCCGUGGAAGCUUCGGUUCGUCUCAAAAUGAAUGGCCUCAAUAGUUGUUAAAUAGUGAGCUUAAUGUAUUACUACUAGAGGUGUGUUUGUGCUUGAAUAAACAUGAUACAUUUAGGUCCUGCAUUUCAUCCAACAUGAAAUUAAUGCUGGCAUAAAAAUGUUAUCAUAUGUCAUCCAUCAUUGUAAACUACUCUAGCCUCUUGUAAUAUAUUCGUGUGAAGUACGUUACCUCUUUUCA